CAACUCUUCACAUAGGAUGCUUAAAUCAGACCUUGAGGAUUACAAGUCUCUAAAAGCUCAGUAUACCAAUUCAGCCACUCUAUUCACCUACAAUUCAGAGAACGAGGACACCUGGACGAUCCUGUCCCGUAUAAUCCUUGAGAACCCUGAAUGUGUCAAGAAGGCAGUAAGGACUGCUAGAGAUGAACUGUUUCAUCUAACUGGCAGGAAGGACAAUCUUAAUAAUAGGAAGAAACAACAGGAAGAAGAACUCAGGAUUUUUAGAGAGAUCGAGAUGGACCAGUGAGCAAAGGAAAGAGCAAAAAGACUUGAAAAAGUAGCGACUAAGAAGUAUAAGAGAAAAAGGCAAAGCAGAGCGAAUUUUAGCGAUGUAAGGAAGGAUAACACUCAGGUUUAUUCAUACAAGGAUUUGAGUCAGAGAGGUAGCUUACUUACCACUGAUAAUAAAGAGAAAUCACCUCAAAAAAGGAAAAAUUUAGGCAAAAAUAAAAGAAUACUUUUGAGGAAGAAGAAUGAAGCAAAUUUAAAUGGCAACGAGACUUGAGAACAAAGUUUUUUUAAUCCAAAUCACUUGCGAAAAGUAGUGUCACAGAAAGAAAUUGGGUCGUCAAAGUUUAAAGGAAACUCUCAGACUGGCUCCCAAAAGAUGAGAGCAAAGAUGGUAAAGAGAGGACCAUUUCCCAGUGAAAGAUUAUACAAUUUGGAGAAAAUAAAAUCAACCCAGCAAUCUCUGUCUAAAAUUCAAACUUCUAGAGAGAAGGAUAACCAAGAUGACAGUCUUUAUAAAUAUAUCGGAGCUCCCUACGAUUCAUCAGGAAUUUUCAGGAAAGACAAGAGGUUGAAAAUGCCUACUCUCUUCAAAUCUAUUCCAAGAAAAGGGAGAAAGAAGACUAAGAAUUUCUUGCCCAAAAAUAGUCAUUACUUCGAGGGAGCAGGUUCUAGAAAUGGACUUAAAACACGGGUUUUAAGCACAAGUCCAGAAUCAAGUAGGAUUAACACAACUGGAUUAUUGCCAUCAAAGAAUAAGAAUAUUGCUACACAGCCAGGCUCACCAGUGCAUAAGUCAAGCAAAAUAUCUGUGUAUUUGACUAAAGUAUCUAAUAUGAUAAAACUGCCGAAGAUGGAGAUGAGGAACAAAGUUAAAAAGAAGCCUCAAGUGAGGGAGAAGGAGAGACCUCAAUGAACUUCCCAAAUUAUUCGUAAAUAGCCAUAUUGAGCUUAAUCCCAGCCAUUUCAAACAGAU